AUGAUUCUACAAGAGUCAAUUCUUUGCGCCACUGCUCCUCCAACAUCCGGUGCUGGUUCUGGUUCCAUUUUUUUGCAUGAUAUUCAAACAGGUGCAACACUUGCGUCGUUCAAGCAGACCAAUGCCGGCCCGCAUUCUCUGGCAGUGCUCGAAUCAAACAGCACGCAGGGCGGGAUAAUGCUUGCAUCCCAGCCCGAUAAAUCUAUAUUGAAUGUAUACAACUUCCAAAAGGACCAAAUUAGUCUUAAAAUCGUGCUCCCUGAGAAGCUGACCGCCAUUGCCCUCGAUCGACGAGGCGAUCUAUGUGCAGGUGGAACUGCUACAGGCAGAGUAUACUUAUGGGAGACGUCAUCGGGUGUCCUCUUCAAUUCAUGGGACGCGCACUACAGACAAGUCAACGUACUUCGUUUUACAAACGAUGGUGCUGCUCUGAUUUCUGGAAGCGAUGACUCAGGAGUGAGCGUCUGGUCCGUAUCCAGAUUAGUUGAUGAGGACAUGCAGAGAGAGCUCGCGGUGCCUUACUGUACCCUUUCCGAUCAUACACUUCCUGUCACAGAUAUUAUAUGCGGCAUCGGUCUCUUUCCCGAUUGUCGCGUUUUAACAUCCUCAAUUGACCAUUCCGUCAAGUUGUGGGACCUUUCUACCAGAUCGCUUUUAACAACCUUCCAAUUUCCUCGACCGAUCUCAUAUCUCGCGUGGGAUGUCACAGAACGAUUAUUUUUCGCAGCAUCUUCCGAUGGUUCAGUUCACCAAAUGAAUCUAUUUUAUGAACGAGAAUCCAAAUUGAGCGGUGUUGUUACAGAAGCUAUAGGAGGCGCGGGCGUAACGGACAUCAUACGUGUUGAUGAUGAUGUAGAUCGCGAAGCAAGACGAAAGAGGUUAAUAAAUUUAGGGCAAGCGAUAACGAGCAUGUGUAUUUCCUUAACAUCCGCUAUCCUCCUUGUUGGCACCUCAGAAGGUUUAAUCCACUUGUACGAUGUACCAUCGCAUCAGCUGCUUCGCACGAUAUCGACACAUAAAGGGAUGUCGAUAGCCUACCUUUCGACAAUGAUCAAGCCUCCUGAUUUAAUUGGCCAUACCAAUCUGGAGUUCGGGCCUGGAAAUAGCACCGAUACAAAGGACUUCUUACCCGUCAAGCCAAUCAUGCCAUUCCAAAGAAUGCGCGACCCCAAAACUCGCGAGGCCCAUGAAAUAUCUUUGAUCCUGCCAAGUACCCGCAAUGGAUAUCGAGACGAGUUCUCAUCGUAUAGCCAGGAAGAAUUUUUGCGAGACUACUCCUAUUUCGUCGAACCCUCGUCGAUAUCCAAGGCCGGAACUUCAGAUUCUCUUGCUCUCAAGACCAAGGUGGAAGAACUAGAAUCUGAGGUAGAGAAGCUACGUUCACAGCUCAGUAAAGCCAAGGGUGUGAAUGACGCCAUGUGGGAUACUGUUGUUAACAAAAUAGUCAGUCAGCCCAAGGGUUCGGCGCUAUCGCACACAGAAGGCACUGAAAACCCCGACGAAAGGCGAAGAAAACGAGGGCGUGCUAUGUAG